AUGGAAGACCGACUUGUUAUUCCGAGUGAGCUGCGACCCGACAUGCUGAGGCAACUACACGCUUCACACCAAGGAAUUAAUUCGUGCCAAAACAGAGCACAGAUGGCUUGGUACUGGCCAGGAAUGAUGAGAGACAUAAAAAACACAGUAGACCAAUACACAACAUGCCAGGAAUACCAAAGAUCAAACCCAAAAGAACCUCUUAAACCAUAUCCAGUGCCAGAAAUCCCAUGGGAAGAAAUUGGAGUUGAUUUCUUCAAAAUUAACAAUACCAAUCACAUGCUAGUGAUUGACUAUCAUUCCAAAUUUGUGGAAGUAAAGAAGAUGAGUACAACAACUGCUGAUUCAGUAACUGCAGGAUUGACACAGAUAUUUAGAUCUCAUGGCCUGCCUAAGAAAUUACACUCUGAUAAUGGCCCUCCGUUCGAUAGCCACAAGUUUGCCACGUUCACAGAACGGUAUAAAAUUGAGCAUAUAACUUUGUCUCCGUACUACCCAAAAUCUAACGGGAUGGUGGAGAGGGCUAUACAAACUCUAAAGUCAAUGCUAUCUAAAACGCUAAAGACCAAGGCAGAUCCAAACCUAGCCAUAAUCGAUUACAAUAAUACUCCUAAAGCUAAUCUCAGAGCACCUGCUCAAAUGCUAAUGGGAAGACUACUAAAAACUGUUCUUCCUGCUACUAAAGAUUCCAUGAGACCACUCUUCCCCACCAAUGAAACAGUUCUAAAUUUGAAGCAAGCCCAAGAAAAACAAAAAACAUAUUAUGACAGAUCGGCUCAUCCACUUCCAGAAUUAAAGGAGGGUGAAGAAGUUUAUGUUCAAAAGGGAACUCGAGAAUGGGUAAAAGGAAAAGUUGACAAGAAACACAAAAGCCCGAAUUCCUAUUUGGUACAAAUUAACAGCGGAGCAGUUCUCAGAAGAAACCGGUGCCAACUGAGACAGUAA